AAAACAUUGAGAUUUAACAAUCGUAUGCAAGAUCUGGUGAAAAGAAAUGGCAGAUGUGGACAGGAUGGCUGAUUUUUCAGAUGAUGACUCUUCCGAAUUUUUCCCUGAAUCAUCUGCAGUGCAUAAUCAACUCUCAAAUUCAUCUGUGAGUAAUGGUGCAUCAACUCUGUCAUCAUCAGGCAUCUCAUCCACAGUAUCAAGCAGUUUCGUUAACUCUGCAUUUUCCAGUAUUCAUAGCAACAAUUAUGCACAGUUGUCUUCAGCAUCUACAAAUCCUCCUUCUCCUCAAUAUCCUGCUAAUCAUCCACUGUGUGGAUCAAAACAUUUGUGUUCAAUUUGUGGAGACCGAGCUUCCGGAAAGCAUUAUGGUGUUUACAGCUGUGAAGGUUGCAAAGGUUUUUUCAAGCGUACUGUUAGAAAAGACCUAACUUAUGCAUGCAGAGAAGAGCGAAACUGUAUUAUUGAUAAAAGACAACGAAAUCGCUGCCAGUAUUGCAGAUAUCAGAAAUGUUUAUCCAUGGGAAUGAAACGUGAAGCUGUACAAGAAGAAAGACAGAGAAAUAGAGAGCGUAGUGAAAAUGAAGUUGAAAGUACAAGUAAUAUACAGGCUGAUAUUUGUAGUGAGAGAAUUUUGGAAGCAGAGUUAUGGAUGGAGGCUAAAAAAGAACCAGAUGUUACAAAUAUUUGUCAAGUUGCUGAUCAACAGUUAUAUCAGCUUGUGGAAUGGGCCAAACAUAUUCCUCAUUUCAAUGGUCUACCUUUAGAAGACAGGAAAAUAUUGUUAAAAUCAGGUUGGAAUGAGCUGCUUAUUGCUUCUUUCUGCCAUAAAUCAGUUGGAGUAAAAGAUGGUAUCGUACUUGCUUCAGGCCACAUUGUCCAUCGUAACAGUGCCCACGCAGCCGGAGUGGGAAACAUUUUUGAUCGUCUUCUUUCUGAAUUGGUUGUAAAAAUGAGGGAAAUGAAAAUGGACAAGACUGAACUUGGUUGCCUAAAAGCCAUAAUCCUUUUUAACCCUGAAGCAAAGCACUUAAAGUCAACCCAGGAAGUGACUAAUCUUCGUGAUAAAGUUUACACUGUCUUGGAAGAAUACUGUAAACAGAUUUAUCCACAGCAGAAUGGAAGAUUUCCUAAAUUGCUACUUCGACUGCCCGCUCUUCGGAGCAUUGGACUCAAGUGCCUCGAACAUCUGUUCUUUUUCAAGCUGAUUGGGAACACACCAAUCGACCAUUUUCUUAUAUCAAUGUUGGAAACACCAAGUGACACUUAA